GCAUAAAAUGACUUCCGUUAUCGUUGACGGCGAAUGACGAGACUUUAAAACAACGAAAUGACACUUUCUUUCGACAAACUAUUUCUCUUGUUAACAUCGCUUAACAACAGUCGGAGUCAAAAUGUCAGCGACAAGGAAAAGAGUGGUAGUAGUUGAGUGAAUCUUUAUUAUUGUCACUGCUGCUACUAUCGCUCCGUCUGCGCCAUUGAUAGACAGAGAAGAAAGUGUCUAAGGACAUUUUGGUGAUUCGCUUUCCCAUUUGUAGCCGUGUAACAGAGCACAUCAAUCAUCUAUCAUGUAGAUCAUACAACUUUAACCGUAUUACAUGUAUGCCUGUUACAAUAACACGCAUAUAUGUAAUAUUAUUUUACUUAUGUAACGAAUUAUUGCUAAUUUAUGCAGAGUACAUAACACAAGUUUAUAACAUUAGAGUUUCGAUCAGACAAGUAUUUUUUUUUCCUGGCAGUGUAAGACUUCUUCAGUUCAAUAAUGACGAUAAUAUUGUUCCUUAUUGAUACGAGUUCAUCGAUGAACCAACGCACCUACAUUGGAACCAGUCUAAUCGAUGUAGCUAAGGCGGCUGUUGAAACAUUUAUGAAGAUUCGUUCUCGAGAUCCAGUGUGUAGAUGGGACAGAUAUAUGCUGUUAACUUUCGAGGAGCCACCAGCAAAUGUUAAGGCUGGUUGGAAAGAGUCUCAUGCAACUUUCAUGAAUGAAUUAAAAAAUUUAAAAGCUGAUGGGCUAACAGUAUUAGGAGCAUCUCUCAAGCAUGCAUUUGAUCUUCUCAAUAUGAAUCGAAUGCAAUCUGGCAUUGACACUUAUGGUCAGGGCCGGUGUCCAUUUUAUCUAGAACCUGCUGUUAUUGUAUUAAUCACUGAUCGAGGUCGACUAACUUCUCCAAAUAGUGUUCAACUUGAGUUGAAUCUUCCAAUGAAUUCAGUGGUCCCAGGUUGUGAACUAACAAAAGAACCAUUUAGAUGGGAUCAAAGAAUAUUUGGCUUAGUUCUGGAGAUUCCAGCAACCCCACCAGUCGAUAAUGGAUUUGUUUAUAUUCCUGUUGCUGAAACCCAUCCAAUUAACGCAAUGUGUGAUGUCACCGGUGGGCGAUCUUAUGCAAUUUUGUCUCAAAAAAUGUUGAAUGCAGCUCUUGAAUCAUUAGUUCAGAAGGUUCAAGCAGGAGUUGUCAUAAAUUUUGAGAAAAUUGGUCCUGAUCCUAAGCCAGUAAAUGAAGAAAAUGGUGAUGUAACAAACCAGUAUGGAGAAAAUGAUAAACGAGAAAUAGAAUCUCAAAGUUCAGGGGCAACUCCAGCCUGGCACAGUAACAGGAAACUCAUCUAUGUUCAACGAUCAGCACAAAAAGGGUAUUCUGUUGGUCAUUGGCCAAUACCAGAAGCCUAUUGGCCUGACAGUAGUAUUCAGACUUUGAGCCCACGAACUGCUCAACCUGUGGUACAGUUUUCAUGUACAGCAUGUGAACCGUUAGUUAUCGACAAUCUCCCUUUUGAUAAAUAUGAACUCGAGCCGUCACCACUAACUCAAUAUAUCCUUGAACGUAAACAACCAAACAAUUGUUGGCAAGUAUUUGUAAGUAACAGUGCCAAAUUUGACUUCUGCCAUCCAUUUGGUUAUGUAAAAGCUAGCAGUAACCUAUCAUGUGUUAACUUAUUUGUGAUGCCAUAUAACUAUCCAGUACUGUUGCCACUGCUUGAUGAAUUGUUCAAGGUUCAUAAAUCUAAACCUACCAAAAACUGGCGGCAACAAUUUGACAGUUAUUUGAAAACAAUGCCUGUUUAUUAUGCUGGGCCUUUACGGAAAGCAUUACAACGUAUGGGUGCCCCAAGUCUGAUCCCAGAUAAUAUGGAAAAUUGCCUCAGUUAUAGUGUUAUCACAUACCUCAAAAAGUUGAAAAACCAGGCUAAGAUUGAAAUGGACCGUUUAAUAGCUUCCGUUGGUCAAAAGUUGCCUCCACCAGAUGGACUUAAAGUAAAUUUAAGAACAAAAGCUUCAAUUGUCCAACGGAAAGACUUCAACCAACUUCUGCAGACAAUGGGAGGAAACAUGAGCAACUUGCGACAAGAAUUGUUUGACUACAACACUUUUACAGUUGCUGUUCAGGACCCAGAAAUCAAGCCUCAGUACUUCAGAAAUCCAUUUGAUAUUCCCAGAAAGAAUUUAUUAGAUCAGAUUUCAAGAAUGAGAACUAAUUUUUUACAAGUUUCCCCACAGAACUCUAAACUUAUUGAUGAUGACUACAUUCAUAGCAUUCCAGUUCAGCAAAUGGGUAAUUAUCAAGAAUAUCUCAAGAAGAUGCCUGCCACAUUAAGAGAAAUUGAGACACAGCCAGUCAGGUUACACAUGUUUGGAAAUCCAUUUAAAGUAAACAAAAAUAUUAUGAUUGAUGAAGCUGAUGAAGCUGUCUUCGGACAACAGUCUCGGAGCAAGAAAACUUCCCAAGACACACUUGUUAAUUCGUUGCCAAGAAAAAGAAAACCAGGUCCUUUACCAAGAGAUCUUCCCAUCAAACGGCCAGCAUCGCCUUCGAUUAUGACAGAAGCUGCUGCUGUCUCCUCACCGCCUGUUUGUCCAAAGACUGAAAAUAAUCUGAAAGUUGAAAAUUCUUCUGAGGAUACAUCACUUCCUAAUCCUUGGGUCAAUUUACAAGAAGAAAUACCAAUGGAUACAAACCAUGUUAAUGAACUCUCUGUCAGUCCAUAUCAACUUGAUCAGUCAAAUCAAAUAGAAUCUUUAAAAACUGAUAUAGAAGUUCAAUGCUCAGAAUUUACAAACUUAAAUAACAAUCCAAAUCAUAAAUUGGAAUCUAUUCAUUGGAACCAUAAUGCAAAAUUGAGAAUUAUUUUAUACAAGGAACUGAGAAAGCCUGGUAAAAAUUAUGAUAAAUUUUUCCAGUAUUUGAAUUCUAUGAAGGGUACACUGAAUAUGAAAGUAAAAUUUAUCAAAGAUCUAGUUGGAGAGGCAGCGCGGUUUAAAAAGAGGCGGUUGAUCCAACAUUUGGAAAAAUUUGAAUUGUCAAUGACAGAGUGUGAGACUAAAUGCAAUCGGAAAUUUCAAGUUCGAACAAAUGAUGUUCAUUCUUUAUGUUGAUAUCAUUGCAAUCUAGGAUUAUUAUUAUUAUCAUCAUCAUUAUUAUAAUUUCAUAUUUAUAUAACAUAUUUCCUUUUAUAAUAAAGAAACUUGCUGCACAUACAAGAUCA